AUGAAUGAUAAUACAAAUGAACCACAACCACCAAAUGAAGAUGAUUUGAUUAAUAAUAUUCUACCUUCAUACCAUAUGUUCCAGUCAACAGUAUCGAAGAAUUUAGAACCAAGCGAUGAAAAUUAUUCUAUAGAUCCACCAACUUAUGAAAUGACUCCAAUAACUUCCGAGACACCUUCUUUGUUAACACCUAGUGGGAUACAAUCGCCUCCAAAUGAACCAAAUGAUGCAAAUUACUUUACUCAUGAUGAUGACGCUCGUUCAACAACUUUUAAUCAAGAGAGUGAAGAAAUGUGGAAGAAUAGUAUUCUUGCAAACGCUCAUAAACUACCGAAUUUAACUAAUAAAAAGAACCCCAAGAGUGAAUCAUUACAGAUAAACAUUCAUGUUACUGAAACAGUAUGUCAAAGUGGGAUAAAACCUAUAUUUAUGGACCCUUCAAAUAAAGAAUUUAAACAAGGUGAUUAUGUUCAUGGUUAUGUUACAAUCAAAAAUACAUCAAAUGAACCAAUACCAUUUGAUAUGGUAUAUGUUGUAUUUGAAGGUACUUUUACCAAUUUGGAUUCACCAACUGGUGUUGUAAAUGUUGAAGAACCAUCCGUAAGAUUUAAGUUUUUAACAAUGUUGGAUCUUUUUGCAUCUUGGUCGUAUGCAAAUAUCGAUAGACUUGUUACAGAUAAUGGAGACCCCCAUGAUUGGUGUAAUGGUGAAACAGAUCCAUAUGACAAUGCAUUAUUGGCUAUUGAUGUUAAAAGAUUAUUUCAACCUAAUGUAACGUAUAAACGAUUUUUUACAUUUAAAAUCCCUGAAAAGCUUUUAGAUACUGCCUGUGAUCAAUAUAAUUUACCAUUUCAUACUGAAUUACCACCAACUUUGGGAAUGGAUAGAAAUAGCUUCCCACCUUCGUUAUUGUUGGCUAAUCAACAUUUAAUUGUUAAAGAUUUAUCAUUCCUGGAUAGUUAUUUAUCAUAUAGUGUUGAUGCAAGAAUUAUUGGUAAAGCAUCGGAUUAUCAAUUCCCAGUUAAAAAGGACCAAUAUGUUGUAGCUAAAGAAGUGUUUUGCCCAAUAAGAGUGGUACCAAAACCCAAUUUAGAAUUGCAGUACAAUCGUGUACAAUUAUCCCAAGAAGCAGAUGUUUAUUAUCGUGCAUUUGUGGAUUCUGUUGUAUCUAAAAUUGAAUACGGAAAUGAAUUGAUGAAUCAGAAACCAGGCUAUACUAAUACGAGCAAUAUGCUACGACCAAGCUUAAGUCCAAUGAUGAGUCACGAUAGUGUUAAAUUAAGACAAUUAUAUGAUGUUGCAGAUGAUACUAUUAAGCAUAACCUAAACAGAGGGAAGAAUGUUUAUGACGAAGAUAUCUACCAAUGUCUUAUUCCAUAUAAAAAGAAGUCAAUUACAGGAUCAACCAAGCAUCUUGGAGUUAUAUCAUUGGCGACAGUAAAGGAUUCUUAUAGAAUAAAGUACACUCCACCAACAAGAUUUGGUUCUUCUCCACCAUUCACUGAUACAGAACUUGUUGUCCCGAUCGAAUUGAAUUAUUUCACUGAGACACCAACCACAUCAAAGUUGAUUCCAGAUAUCAAAGCUAUAGAUGUAGAGAUUGUUUCACUUUCAAUAAGGUCUAGAAAAUACCCAAUUCCAAUAGAGUUUACUACUGACUCGUUAUUUGCCGAAAAGGAGAUUGAUAUCAAGAAGAAUAAACCAGCAAAUUUUGAUCUGAUUAUCAUUAGUCAAUUUGCUGGUUAUUUAAGUGAGUUCCAUAAAUUGGUUAAAGGUAUUGGUAACGAAACGUUAAGAUUGGAAACUAGACUAUAUCAAGACGUGAAAUGCUUAGCAACAUUAAAGACAAAAUAUAUCAAUUUACCAGUUUCAGGAUUGGUAUUUGAAACCAAUUCACAAGAUGGAAUUGGAGCUACAUCAUCAGUUAAGAAUCUUCCAUGGGUUGAGGAAAAUACAGAAAAGGGUCAAUUAUUCACAAAGAAAUUCUCAGUUAGAAUGAAUUUGAAUAAUUGUAGCCUGAAGAGUAAUGAUCAUCCUCUUAAGGGGUUAGAUAAGAUUACAUUAGUACCUGAUUUCCAAAGCUGUUAUGUGAGUAGACUUUAUUAUAUUAAAAUUACAGUUAGAUUACAUCAUGGUGAUAGUUUAGUAGUCAAUGUCCCAUUGAGUGUAUAUAGAUAG